AUGACUUUUUCGAGCGCACUUCUGCAUUUCUCAAUGCACACGUGCCAACGAUUGAAGCUAUAUGUGUGCACUCCUGUCGUUCAUUCCAUAUCGUGCGGAGCCUAUAGGCACCCAAGUUGCAGAAUAUACCCUGUGGCGCAUUCCGAUAUUCGGGUCCUGCGUAGGGCUUUUGCGUGUCGCAGGCAAUCACGCUACCAAUGGCUGCGCUUCACCUCUGUCAACGUCCUGGUCGUAGGCCCAUCCGAGAUGGUUCAUGACAAUCGAGGGAGAUAUCGAAAGUCACCUCAUACUGACGAUGCGGUCUCCAUGCAUAGCCAAUCAAGGCCGAGAGUCUCAAACUGGGACGAAAGGUCAUGCACGACCAUUCCAACGGUAACGACUCGACUACACGCGACCACCUUCAUUCUACAUUCUCCCCUCAUUACGGUGUUCAUCCCAGUUUUAUCACCUCUUGGCUUUCCCUCUCCCUUCCGCCGAUGGACAGACCCCCCGCAUACAUACAUCUCCAGGAUAUCGAUUUCAAUAUCCUCUAUCCUCGUUUGUAGCUCAUUGACACAGCAGACUACUCGACGUCUUAUUUCCGCUUCUCUCUAUUUGUCAUUUGUUCGACAUACGUACUCGACCUUCUAUGCAUGGAUAUCUCUCUUUUUCUCUCCCUCGACAUCAACUACCCGCAUUCAGAUACAGUCGCUGUCAUCGUCUGUCACCUCUUUCAUACUCCACAUGAAGUUAGGGACAACCGCCAUUGAUUCUUCGAGGUCCUCCCUAUCGAUGCGCUCAACACAUUCACGAAGGCAUAGGGUCUCUAUCCCAACAUUGUUCUUGGCUCGAUAUUUCAGGGCGGUGGCGAGUCGUAGUGGUGAUGAACCGGGUAUUGGCGGAAUUCGAGAAGGCAACGGGUCAUCCGCAGAAUGGAUGGGAACGUCACAGUAA